AUGACGUCGCAGAAGGCGCAUCAGCCCCUGUUUGUCCUCCAGCAGCACACUAGUGCUGUGAUGACGUGCGCAUUGGAUGCACAGGGCGUGUUUCCACACCUCCUCCUAAGCGGCGAUGUGGAUGGUAUCGUCAACCUGUGGGACCUCGAGCUCCGCGCUGUGUUGCUGUCGUUCCCGGCUGUUCAGGCAGCACGGCCGGCACCACAGGGCGAGGGCAAGGGGUCAUCGUACGCAGCGUUUGCAAAUGAGGGAGUCCUAAAAGUUGGGUUCCUCGCCUUUCGCGGAUUCAGCGACGCAGCGACGGCGGAGGAGGGGAGUCUUGAGGUUUGCUUCUACACACAGUGCAGGAAUCAGCAUCUCUACAUCUGGCGCGCCACGCUGGGUGAUGGGGAGGGUGACUCCAGCCUUGAGGGAGAUACGGCCGAUGUGUGCAGGGUAUCAUUGGAACUGCUACACACGAUCAAUGUACCGCAGCAUGGGUUCUGCACAGUGCCGAGCGUUCCACUUCCCUCUGGUGAGAUGCAGUUGGCGGUUCCGCACGACAACGACGGGGUUCUUAGCUUGUGGAAUGUCGACGGCAAUGCCAAGGAAGGCACCUCACGUGAGGGGUUGCGUGUUUCCUGUUGUCAAAGUUUUCCUGCAGCUGGUGCUGGAACGAAGUGCGGUAUUAUUAUGUGCAUUUGCUACCGAGAUAGUGAACAUCUUGCCGUAGCGUUUGAGAGUGGGCAUGUGUCUCUCAACAACACGCGUGGCGAGCGGUUGGCUAUUCUGCGUGCCUUCGCGGAAACAGCCUUGGCGUGCGUGUGGUCAGGCAGCACUGUUCUUGCGUCAUCGGCAGAGGGCCAACUCCAUUGCUACAGAGUUAGUGACCUCUCGAGGGAAAAAGACGGGCCUACAGAAGAUGAGGGCUUUUCUGUUUCUCUUACUGUGCAAUGGGAGGUGUCUUUGCGCAAGGGUGUUGGGAGCCUGGCUCUGCAGCGCCAUUUGGCUGUGGUUGGGUCGUGGGACCACACGCUGCGACUGUAUGAUGAGGGGUCAGGCCGUGUUAUUACCAUAUUAACGUUUCAUAGCGGCAUCGUCAACGAAGUGGCUAUGGCGCCUCUUUCAGCAGCGCAGUGCGCUUCCUUUGGUUUUGAUGUGCGACAUCCUCGAUGGUGUGGUGCUCAAGUCCCCAACAGCGGUAGAAGCAGCAGUACAGAAGAUGAUUCUGUGUAUCUGUUUGCCUCCGCGGGUAAGGAUUUCACAAUUGCUUUGUGGCGUGUUGACUUCAAGGUCCUCCGCGCAGUGGCGGUGUGUUCGGCGUGA